GAGGUUUGCCGGGUACAUCAUUCUCGCGCUGGCCAUCGUCCAUCUUCUGUUCGCCGCUUUCGGCGGGCUCACCGAAGGGCUGGCCGAAGGCCACAGCAUCUGGGAGCGAGCGCUAUUGUUGCUCGUGCAUCCGGCGGGGGCCUGCUGUGUGCAAGCGUUGCCGGGGACGUGAGCGAGUUCCUGGCCAUCUACAAGGACGCCACCGGGCUUUAAAAGUGGCACGUCCCCUAGUAUUCGCGGUCAUUCCGGUGCUAGGCUUGGCCUACGGGAUAGUCCUUCGGGCGGGUAGGACGAAGGCAGGGGCAUAACCCUCAUGGGCGGGUGUUCGACUACGUUCGUCAAGGGCCCAAGUGACGCAGAGUCACGGCGAGAAGGACGCAAGGCGGGAUUGCCCCCGCAAGGUUCGGGUUAGCAGGUGGAGCAAUGCUAGAAGCCGGGCAACAAAAGCAGAAGAGUGAGGAACUGCGAGAGCGUCUCUCCAAGCUCAGCGAUGCCAGUCUUCGCAUCACCGCCAGCCUCGACCUGAACACUACCCUACAGGCGGUCGUGGAUGGCGCCUGCACGCUGACCGACGCCCGAUACGGCGCGCUUCUGGUCUUUGACGACAGUGGUCAAGUACAGGAAUUCGUCACAUGCGGCAUCACUGCCGAACAGACACGCCGAGUGGGGAGUUGGCCCAAGGCGAUCGGGCUCCUCGGACACCUGCGGACGAUCACAGACCGCUAA